AAACCAAUCAGGUCUUCUGGGUUUUAAUGACAAACUGACCCUGUAGCCUACUCCAGGGUAGGACGCAGCAAUGGAGCGGCGACGUCACGCGUUGACGCGCCCCUCCUGUGCGUGGACGCACCAGACAACUCAACUUGCUCUGAGCGGUGGAGAUGGGGCUCCUACCGUAGCCCGCAAGGUCCAGGUCAAGAGAAGUAAUGAGGAAGCGACAGCCUACCUGCAUUAGGCAGUUAUUUUCAUAGAUGGACGUCCCUGACUGCAAAGCCAGAUCGCGAGAAGAGAGCUUUACGGGCUGAUGCCGUCUCCGGUGCAGAGCACAGAAGAGAGGAAAGUGCUGGGAGACUCAGAGCAUUUGGAAGUCAGGGUCAUGGAGGCUGAGACCACGGCUACCACCACCACCACCCUGCUGGCCUCCGUCAAGGAGCAGGAGCUGCAGUUUGAGAGGCUGACCCGGGAGUUGGAGGCGGAACGUCAAAUUGUGGCCAAUCAGCUUGAACGAUGUAGGCUGGGGACGGAAUCACCAGGAGCUGUUAGCAUCAGCUCGUCAGAGAAGUCGUUUCCCUGGAGAUCAGCAGAUGCGUCGGCUGUGGGAGAGGUGCGGCCCCAGGGAGCGGAGGCGUCCCAUUCGCCCUCGUUCGGGGUCAGAGGUGAACAGGACCGCCUGUCGCUCUAUUCCCCUGAGUUGGAGCAGGUCUCCCUGCAUGAAAGGGCGAACUCGCGCAGUUCCACACAGAUGAACUCUUACUCGGACAGUGGGUACCAGGAAGUCAGCGGUUACUAUAGCAACAGUGCCACCCCAGGCAGGUCGGAAGGAAGGUCACAGUCAACAAGCUCCGCCCCCAGUGGCAGUUCCACGCUUGGCAAGCAGGGGGCUGGUACGGCCGGUGUGAUGCGCCGCGUGUGCUCGGUGCCGUCCCGUGCUCAGUCUCCACUCCAGGGUGCCGCCUCAUCCUCUCCCACGCGUCCACCCCUGCUCUCCUCACUGGGCAGCCCCUUCUCCUCACCUAUCGUCUGCGAGCCCAAGCCCCUCUCCAGUAUCUUCCCGGGCACCUCGCUGCCCCCGGUCUCCAGCCACAACCCCGACCCGCUCCGCUCUUGCUCGGCCCGCCAGGCCUCCGGUUCUGAGUCCGACUCCGGGGGCUCGUCGCCGACCCCGCGCCGCUCGGACAUGGCCGCCCAGCCGCAGCACUACAGUAGCCGUGGGCAACGGGAGCCCGGCCUCGGGUACGACUCCACACUGGGCUACGUCUAUGACGCCUAUGAGAGGAUGACGCUGCCUCGGCCUGACAGCCUUACAGGCCUGAGGAGCUCGUAUGCCAGCCAGCACAGCCACCUGGGUCAGCAGGUCAGGCCGACGAUGUCCCCGGAUCGUCACAUCACGCCUAUCUACGAGGACCGCACCUUCCAGCGGCAGCUCUACUACAGCCCCACGCACGGCUCCCAGAGCGCCCUCUACAGGUCGGGCACAGGGCUAGGAACCCUCCAGCGAACUACCAGCCAGUGUAGCGCUCUGACCUAUCAAAGGGGCGGCUACACCCUCAACUCCGCCACGCUGCAGUCUGACCCGUACCGCUCUGCCCAGUACCGUCCGGCUGAAGCCCUCUAUGCUCGACACGCCGUCACCGUCGACAACGGGGCCACACGCUCACCCUCCAUAGACAGCAUCCAGAAAGAUCCCAGGGAGUUUGCGUGGAGGGACCCUGAGAUCUCCGAGGUCAUCCGUAUGCUGCAGCACAGUUUCCCCUCGGUGCAGGCCAACGCUGCAGCCUACCUUCAACAUCUGUGCUACGGAGACAACAGGAUCAAAGCAGAGGUGUGUCGCCAGGGCGGUGUGCGGCAGCUGGUGGACCUGCUGGAUCACCGGGUGGUGGAGGUGCAGAGGAGCGCCUGCGGAGCGCUCCGGAACCUGGUGUUCGGGAAGGCCACCGAUGACAACAAAGUGUCUGUCCGGAAUGCCGGAGGGAUCCCAGCACUCCUGAGGCUCUUGAGGAAGACCACUGACGGGGAAGUGAGAGAGCUGGUCACAGGGGUCCUGUGGAACCUGUCGUCGUGUGACGCGGUGAAGAUGACGAUCGUGAGGGAUGCGCUGUGCGUGCUCACCAACGCGGUGAUCAUCCCACACUCCGGAUGGGGUGGCGCCCCCCAGAGGGACGACCACAAACUGAAGCUGCACACCUCCCUGGUGCUCAGGAACACCACUGGCUGCCUCAGGAACCUGAGUUCUGCAGGGGAGGAGGCACGUAGACAGAUGCGGUCCUGUGAGGGUCUGAUCGACUCCCUGCUCUACGUAAUCAAGACUUGCGUCAACACCUCAGACUAUGACAGCAAGGUGGUGGAGAACUGUGUGUGCACGCUGAGGAACCUGUCCUACCGGCUGGAGCUGGAGAUGCCCCCGUCCCGCCUGAUGGGGCUUCAGGAGCUGGACUCACUCCUGGGCUGCGACUCCCCCAGCAAGCAGGCUGACUACAGCUGCUGGGGCCUCCGCAAGAAGAAGAAAAAGAAGAGCUGGCAGGACGAUCAGUGGGAUGGUGUGGGCCCUGUCCCAGGUUUCACUGGGAGUCUUAAAGGGGCUGAGAUGCUGUGGCACCCGUCAGUGGUGAAGCCCUACCUGACGCUGCUGGCCGAGAGCUCAAACCCAGCCACCUUGGAGGGGGCCGCCGGCUCUCUGCAGAACCUCUCAGCUGGGUCCUGGAAGUUUGCGGCCUACAUCCGUGCAGCGGUGCGUAAAGAGAAGGGCCUCCCCAUCCUGGUGGAGCUGCUGAGGAUGGACAAUGACCGCGUGGUCUGCUCCGUCGUCACCGCCCUGCGCAACAUGGCCCUCGACACCCGCAACAAGGAGCUGAUUGGGAAGUACGCCAUGCGGGACCUGGUAACACGUCUCCCAGGUAACGGGCCAUCGCUGCUGUCAGACGAGACGGUUGCGGCAGUGUGCUGCGCACUACACGAGGUCACGAGUCGCAACAUGGAGAACGCCCGCGCCCUGGCACACACAGGGGGCAUCGAUAAACUGGUCACCAUCAGCCGAGGACGUGGAGAAAGAUACAACAUGAAGGUGGUGAAGGCAGCUGCACAGGUGUUGAACACGCUCUGGCAGUACAGAGAUCUGCGCACCAUCUAUAAAAAGGAUGGCUGGAACCAGAACCAUUUCAUCACACCCGUGUCCACUCUGGAGCGAGACCGGUACCGCUCACAGCCCACCCUGCCCACCAGCACCAUGCAGAUGUCCCCCGUCAUGCAGACUGGUGGGAGCGCCCAAUCAUCUCCUGCCAUGCUGGGCAUAAAGGGUAAUCGUCUUAGCCAACAGAGAGCACAGUCUUCUAUGCAACUUCAGAACUACUACGGAGACGACACCUUACAGAAGAACCAGUACAGAGGGUCUGCCAAGACAUCCCCCUACUUCAUAAGGUCUUGCUCUUCGCCUACGAGAGAGGAAGCCAGAAGAUCACAGCACUCCCAGGUCUUCUACGGCGACGAUCCAGGCCCAGGUCCCUACGACUCCUACAGGGUCUACCUGUCCUCUCCGCAGGGCUUUGAUGACCCGUACCUUGACGAGCCGCUCCACUUCAGCGCCUACGCCACGCAGCCCACCUCUCACCACAAGCCCAUCACCAACUACGUGGACUUCUACUCCUCCGCCCGCAGGCCUUCUUACCGGGCCCAGCAGUACCCCUCCUCACCAGAUUCAUGGGUGUAGGGAGAGGGUGUGUGUGUGUGUGUGUGUGUGUGUGUGUGUGUGUGUGUGAAUGCACGUAUCAGAAAGGACAUAGGUCUAUAGACAUGUGUGUGCAUGUGUUUGUGUGUGCAUGUGUGUGUGUGUGUUUGUAUGUUUGUUGAAGAGUGUGUGUGUGUG